UGAAGCUUUUCCUCGAAUGGGAUGAAUGAAUCAGUAAAGCUUCCGGUUAACCCGGAAGUGCAAGUGAUUGUCUCUCCUUUCCCCAACAUGGCGGUGAAUCUGACCGAACUGUCGCUGCCUCAACUGGAAGGAUUAAAGUCUCAGCUGGACCAGGAGACAGAGUUCCUGUCAUCGUCUAUCGCUCAGUUAAAAGUGGUGCAGACCAAAUACGUGGAGGCGAAGGACAGCCUGAACAUCCUGAGGAAGAGUAAUGAAGGUAAAGAGUUACUCGUCCCUCUGACCAGCUCUAUGUAUGUUCCUGGAACACUGAAUGAUGUGGAACACGUGCUGAUCAAUGUGGGAACCGGUUACUUCGUGGAGAAGAACGUGGAGGACGGUAAAGAUUUCUUUAAGCGUAAAAUCGACUUUUUAACCAAACAGAUUGAGAAAAUUCAGCCGACUCUACAGGAGAAAUACGCCAUGAAGCAGGCUGUGGUUGAAGUCAUGAAUAUGAAACUCCAGCAGCUUCACAGCCAACAAGCCUCACAAUCGGGAGCAACCAGCAAGGCUUAGUGCAACUACACACACACACACACACAACAUACUCACCCAUGUACACACCCACGCCGGUCUGUGUUUAGUUAAUGUUUAUACGCUGUGCUGAUAUGUGAACUAAACACUGGUUCAGGAUUCCUGUGCGCUUAUGAAUAUUCAUUACAGACAACAAUCUAUUUAAUAUUCAAUAAACCUCUUUAUCACUUCAA